AUGAGGACGAAUGUGAGGCCCGUGCCGAAUUCCAGCGCCAACUAUAUAGCUAGCAGUGAGGUCGACCAACUCCGUGAUCAAUUCGACGUUGAGGUUGCCAAGCAUGCCAAGGAGCUCGCAGAGACUAAGGAAAAACUUACGACCCAUCUUGCAAAAGUUGAGGUAAAACUUUCAACCGCCCUCGCCAAUAACGACAGUCUUGAGAAAGUCAAUGCUCAUUUGACCGGACAGGUUGAAGAUCUUCAGAUAGAACUUGAAAAGGUGCUCUUUUUGGCUUUGCCACCAAACGAAAAUACGUUUGCCGCCCUUGGUCAUGUUGGAAUCUUCGUUUUCAAGAUGGCGACCGCAGUACUAGCACCUGGUGAUUAUGCAGCUAUUGUGUGUUACUUCUUGAUAGUUAUGGGAGCAGGGCUUUACGCACUUUUUACAUCUAACCGAGGAACUGUUAACGGCUACUUCCUGGCGGGAAGGUAUAUGACAUGGCUUCCAGUUGGUGCAUCGAUAUGGGCUAGUAAUAUUGGGAGUGAACACUUCGUUGGGCUUGCUGGCGAUGCAGCCGUGACGGGGAUUUCACCGGCGGCUUUCGAUCUCAACGGAUUGUCGCAGCUGCCAUUAAUGGCGUACAUAUUUGUUCCUGUUUACAUCGCAGCUGGGGUAUGCACUCUACCGGAAUAUAUGAUGAAGAGAUUUGGAAGUCAUCGAAUUCGUAUUUACCUCGCCUGUAUGUCUAUCUUUCUCUACAUCGUUUCCAGGAUUUCAGUUGAUUUGUAUUCCGGGGCGCUGUUCAUUACGCAAGCUUUAGGAUGGAACCAGUACGUUGCAAUCGGGAUACUUCUCUUAUUCGUAGCGAUUUUCACGGUCACAGGGGGACUGGCUGCCGUCAUAUACACGGACACCGUACAAAUCUUCAUCAUAAUUGUCGGUGGAAUCAUCCUUAUGGUAUUGAGUUAUGGCCAGAUUGGUAGCUUCGAGGAACUGAAAAUCAAAUAUUUCCAGGCGAUUCCGAACGCCACGCUCCAAAACCCUAACUACACCUGCGGCAUACCUGCAGAAGAUUCAUUCCAGAUGCUGAGAGAUAUCAGUCCCUUCACGUCUAGCUUCCCUUGGUUAGGAUUCCUGAUAGGACAGACUAUGUCAUCCCUCACAUACUUUUGUGCAGAACAGGUGAUGGUCCAGAGAGCCUUGGCAGCGAAGAGUCUCUCACAUGCCCAAGGUGGAUGCCUCUUCGCUGGUUUCUGUAAGAUAUUACCCCUCUUCAUGACAGUCAUACCAGGGAUGAUUGCAAGGGUUCUUUACACAGAUACCGUAGCCUGUGCCUCAGCAGAAGCGUGCAUGGAAGCCUGUGGAAACCCUAAGGGGUGUAGUAACACUGCCUACCCUACUCUCGUCCUCGGCAUUAUGCCUGCUGGUCUUCGAGGGGUUAUGCUUGCCGUAAUGCUCUCUGCCAUAGUCAGUAGUAUGACGUCACUACUGAAUAGCAUCAGUACUCUCUUUACAGUGGAUAUAUGGAUGUUCAUCCGAGAGAAGUAUUACCACACCAAACCAAGCAAUAGAGAGAUGAUGAUCGUCGGAAGGGUGAUUGUACUUCUGAUGACUGCUCUGAGCGUUCUCUGGAUCCCAGUCAUUGAUCUAUUACAGGGAGACAACCUACUCAAGUAUUUUACUCGUAUCCAGGGCCGAGUCACGCCCACCAUAGCAGCCGUCUAUGUCCUCGCUGUCCUCUGGCCGAGAGCCAAUGAAAAGGGAACGUUUUUGGGAUUAAUGAUCGGAGCACUAGUCGGUUUCAUCCGGUUAAUCCUAGACUUCACCUAUCCGGAUCCGUCUUGCUGGGACGAGGAUACCCGGCCAAUGGUGGUCAGAGUGCACUAUUUCUACUUUAACAUGAUUCUCUUCACUAUCGUGUUCGUCUCUGUAAUCAUCAUUAGUCUGCUAACCGAACCGUUGCCCAAGUAUCGGGUGAUAAGGGCGACGUUCUUCACUCGAUACCAAAAGCAGAAGCGACCGGAUGAGAAGGAGCUCGACGGGGAUGCAACUGAAGAGAGACAUGUGGAAGACAAAGACUACAAGAUGUUACCAGCAGAGGAGUUCAAGAAUGGACACGCCUUCAACGGAGAAGAGCCACCUCGACCGGAGCUCCGGAAGCGAAUACUAGGAUGGUUCUGCGGUUACGGCGAUGACACAGAAGAGGGCCGGCGGUUGGCCCGAGAACAAGAGUUCCACAACCGCAAGGUCGGAACCCUGGAACAGGAUCCAAGGGCUAAGAAGUUCCUGUAUUUCUGCAUGGUUCUCCUAUUGGCUAUCGUCAUAUUCAUGUACACAUUCUUCUCUUUCGAUUGGAUUUGAUACUCGUCGCUCUGUAUACUUAUUUAGUUUUGUCUGGUAAAAGGCUUCCCAAGGGGGAUCAAGGAUUUUUUAAGGGAGGGGGGCACAUUUUCCCGAGGAAAGA